AUGAAGGAUUUUCUCCAAUAUGCUAGUUGCUUUUUGGCAUUUUUCUCAGCUGGGUUUUUAGUAGUGGCCACCUGGACUGACUGUUGGAUGGUGAAUGCUGACGACUCACUGGAGGUGAGUUCAAAAUGCCGUGGCCUCUGGUGGGAAUGCGUCACAAAUGCUUUUGAUGGAAUUAGAACGUGUGAUGAAUAUGACUCCAUACUUGCUGAGCAUCCAUUGAAGUUGGUGGGAACUCGAGCAUUGAUGAUUACUGCAGAUAUUCUGUCUGGGUUGGGAUUCAUCACUCUGCUCCUUGGACUUGACUGUGUGAAGUUCCUCCCCGAUGAACCUAACAUCAAAGACCGGCUCUGCUUUGUGGCUGGCAUCACAAUGUUAAUAGCAGGUGUUCCAGGGAUCAUUGGGUCAGUGUGGUAUGCCAUUGAUGUCUAUGUGGAACGAACCUCUUUGGUUUUUCACAAUGUGUUUCUGGGGAUUCAGUAUAAAUUUGGCUGGUCCUGCUGGCUUGGAAUGGCUGGUUCUCUAGGAUGUCUCUUGGCUGGGGCACUGCUCACCUGCUGCUUUCAUCUCUUUAAAGAUAUUGGCCCUGGAAGACAUUACUCUUAUUCCAAGAGGACAUCAUAUUCAACUGCUGCAAAAUCAAUAGCAAAGACAUAUGAACCCUCUCGAACAGAGACAGCCAAAAUGUAUGCAGUGGAUACCAGAGUUUAGACAUCUGUGCAAAUCCUCGAUAGAAAACUCAUUUCCCCUUUCUCUGAUCCAUUCAUAUUCAUCUAUUCUAGCAACCAUUCUUCUCAUUCAUAAAAAUAAAUCCAAAACCUCCAGAAAAAUCCAGAGGUUACAGUCUCAUGUCAUAACUGAUGGUCUUUAAU